AUGACGUGCGUCGCGGGACCUGCGCUGCUGCUCGUGCUCGCGCUCGGGGCUGCACCGGGAGUCGCGCACGCGCCUGAUUUCACGGAGAAGGAAAUGGAACAGAUUCGAUCCAGGAUCCGCUCCAUGUUUUACCACGCCUACGACAGUUACUUGGACCAUGCUUUUCCCUACGACGAGCUCCGGCCUCUGACGUGUGACGGACAGGACACUUGGGGCAGCUUUUCUCUUACUCUCAUUGAUGCCCUGGACACUCUCCUGGUUUUGGGGAACAGCACUGAGUUCCAGAGAGUGGCCACGCUGCUGCAGGAAACAGUCCACUUUGACAUCGACGUGAACGCUUCAGUUUUUGAAACCAACAUCAGAGUGGUGGGCGGUUUGCUCUCCGCACAUCUCCUCUCGGGCCGGGCUGGGUUGAACUUGGAACCAGGUUGGCCCUGUUCGGGUCCGUUACUGAGAAUGGCAGAGGAAGCAGCGCAGAAACUGUUGCCAGCCUUCGAGACCCCCUCUGGGAUGCCGUAUGGGACGGUCAAUCUGCUCCUUGGGGUCAGUCCCACAGAGACCCCGGUCACCUGCACCGCUGGAGUGGGAACUUUCAUCCUGGAGUUUGCGACCCUGAGCCGACUCACCGGGAACCAAACCUAUGAGACCCUGGCCCGCAAGGCUCUGCAGGCGCUGUGGGAGACCAGGUCCAGCAUCGGACUGGUGGGGAACCACAUCGAUGUGGUGACUCAGAAGUGGGUGGCUCAAGACGCCGGCAUCGGAGCCGGAGUGGACUCUUACUUUGAGUAUUUGGUGAAAGGAUCCAUCCUCCUCCAGGACCCGGGACUCCUGCACAUGUUUCAUGAAUUUGACCAGUCGAUCCAGAACUACACUCGGUUCGAUGAUUGGUACCUUUGGGUCCAGAUGCACAAAGGUACUGUGUCCAUGCCGGUCUUCCAGUCCCUGGAGGCCUUCUGGCCUGGGCUACAAUCAUUAGUUGGAGACCUGGAAAGUGCAGUGAAGACUUUUCAGAAUUAUUAUUCAGUCUGGAGACAGUUUGGAGGACUGCCAGAGUUCUACAGCAUCCCCCAGGGCUACACCGUGGACAAGAGAGAGGGCUACCCUCUGAGACCAGAGUUGAUAGAAAGUGCAAUGUACUUGUUCCGUGCGACUGGGGAUCACUUAUACCUGCAUAUGGGGCUGGACGCUUUGGAAUCCAUUGAGAAGAUAAGCCGGACACCAUGUGGAUAUGCCUCGGUGAAGGACGUCCGGGACCACCAGCUGGACAACAGGAUGGAGUCCUUCUUUUUGGCAGAGACCAUUAAAUACCUUUACCUGCUCUUUGAUCCUUCCCACUUCCUGCAUGGGGGUGGGCCAUGGGAAGAGGGGGGCGGGGCUUCAGGAACCUGUGUACUCGGGACAGGAGCCUACAUCUUCAACACUGAGGCCCACCCCAUCGAUGCUGCCGCUCUGUACUGUUGCCAUAGCCACGACUUGGACCAAUCAGAGAUCAGGGACAUUCUGCAAGCAAAGCCCACAGCGGCACCUACUGGCCAAUCUCUGAACUCCAUUCUUGGAUGUCCAGUUCAGCCGUUCAGCUCCAGACUCGCCGUGACAGGACAAGUCUUCACUGAAAACAACUAA